UAUUCGAAAAAUAAUGAAGGAAUGAAUAGAUUGAAAAAUAUUUUUAUUUUCGAUUUUUAAAAGUGUAACAUUGAUUUUAGCUAAGUUUUACAUUUUAAUGUAAAAAUAUUUUUUAUGGGUAGUAUGAGACACGAAAUGUUUUAAAAAUUUACCAAAAAAAAAAAAAAACAAUAAAUUACGCCGUUCAAAUUUUCAUUAUACAUUUAAUAAAUUAUGGAAGUAUCAUUGGAUCCUUAUGAACAAAAAUUAUUUCAAAUGUUUAAAAGUCAUGACACAACAAACACAGGACUUGAUGAGACUUCAUUAAUUAAAUUGUGCAAUUCUUUGGAAUUGAGUGAUCGAAGUAAUAUUAUCGUAAAAUCAUUAAUAAAUAGAAAUGACAAACACUUCAGAGUCGAUUUCAAGUCGUUUAAGGAAGCUUUAUUAAUUUUUCUUGGCACAGAAAUGGAAGGUUUUACAGAAACUGACAAAGCACUGACAUUAGUUGAUGAGGACAGUAAAUUUAAGGAAAAAAUUGUUUGUUCUGGGCCGGAUUCACCUGGACGUGAAAUAUCCCCGAAAUUAAUAAUGGGUGCAAAAAAAUACGGUCGUCGAUCACGACCACAAUCUAUAGCAACAGAUUCUUCUUUGUCGGAAACCGACGAUGAAAAUACAGCAGAUGCUAAAUCAAACAGAGUACAGAGAUCUUCAUCACAUAGUGAUAUGCAUAACAGUAACGGUACUGGUCGCAGUAGAAGAAGGCCUACAACCACAACGAAUACGAAACUAAAACGCUGUGCAUCUUUGCCAGCUCAAAAAAGAAAUUUUCAUGCAAAAACUUAUGCCAAAGACCAGCAGCAAAAACAAACUCAGCAUCAAACAAAAUCUGAGCAUGAAAUAAAAUCUGAUCCAGAUAUAAAAGAGCAAAAGCAACUGACGAGUAGUGUAGAAUCCUUGGGUAAUAUUGAUUUUGAAAAUUUAUCACAUACCAUUAAUGAAAUUUGGUUGAGUUAUACGAAUGAAUCUAAUAAUGAUAAUAAUUUUAUAAAACGCGAUCAACUUGAAUCGUUAUGUGAAAGAAUUGGCUUGUUUCAUAAGGUAGCAGGUAAAAUGGCCGAUGAAGUAUUUGAUAAAUUAAAUUUAAAUCCAAAAGUUGAUAGGAUAAGUUUCGAUGAUUUCAUUGGUUUACUACAUGGUGCAGAUACUGAUGAAUUUACUACAUCAAAUAAUGAAACAUUCAUUGGAACAUCUUCAUUUUUCAAUAGACGGGAAACUUGCGGAAACAAUUCAUUAAAUAAAAGUAGUAAUAUUAACAAUCAAAAUAACUGUGGUAAUAGUAUUAGUAUUACUGCUACACCAAAUUUUAAUUUUAAAUAUGAUCCUCUUGAAGUUCAUAAUAAUACUCAAGAUAGUUUAUGUACAUUAGUGGAUUCAACCGCGAAUAAUAGAGAUUUGCAAAUUCAAGUUAUGCCGGUGCAAUUGGAAACAAUUCCGUUCAAUAGCAUUAUUGAAAUGUGGGAGAAUUCUGCAAUACAUGAACCAAAAACGUUGCUUGUUAAUUUGGGUUUUGAAGAUGAUGAAGUUAAUGUUGGACAUUUAAUAAAAAUUUUAGAAGAAGAAAUAAAUAGCUUACAGAAUAGUGAAACGCAGAAAACUCUACUAAAAGCAUUGUUAGUAUUAGAAAAAGCGGAAGUGGCAUCAUUACAGCUAUCAUUCAAACAAUUAUGCGAGGAAAAUAAAAAACUGCACGCAGAUAAUAAGGAUGCUAAUAAAAGGGCAGCUCUUUUAGCUCAAGAAAUUGAUGAAAGACAUGCAAAUUUAGAGGAUUCGACUAAAACAGAGAUUCGGCUUCUUGAACAAAAACAUUCUGAAAUACUCCGCGAUUUAACAUCGCAAAUGGCUGCAGACCGUGAAAAUUGGUCCAAUUUGAAUAUACGCCUUGAGUGUCGCAUAAAGUUAUUAGAACAAGACGAACAACGUUUGAAAUCAGAAAUACAGACCCUACAAGAAGAAAAUAGUGCCUUAGAAAAAGAUCAAACCUCCUUGCAAAAACAAAUAACCGAUUUAUUAGAAGAUAAUAUUAAGUUAAAUAAUGAAAUCACGUCAUUAACCGAUAAAAAUUCGAAUGAUGUGGAAGGUCUCAAAGAGUCCGAUGAACUAUUGGAACUAAUGGAAAAAAUAUCAUCAUUACAAAUUGAAAAUACAAAUUUGCGAGAUAAAAAUGAUGAAUUAACUGCUGAUUUAGAAAAUAUAAAUAUGGAGUUAAUAAAAUUAAAAAUGACAUCAAAAAAAUCAUCGAAAUCUUCGGGUAUUAGUGAUUCUACAAGUGAAAUCCUUUCAGAUGACGCAGAACAUGCUUCUUCCUUAGCUAUUAAGCGUAGAGGAGAUUCGCCAAGUAAAGCCAAACUAACAGAAGAAAGCCCAAGAACUGGAAAACUGAGGAAAUGUAAUAAUGACAGUGUUAACAGUGAAAGUGAAACAAGCGGAGAUUGGGUUGCAUUGAAUUCAGAAUUAGGUGCAAAUAAUUUAAAUUCUUCGACAAUCAUUGCCUCAAGUUCAUCAGGAUUUUCGCAAGAUUUUUCUUCCAACCCAGUUAAUGGUAUUGUAGAUGAAGAAUUGAAAAAUUUAAGAGAGAAAAUUUUCAAGUUAGAGCUUGAGUUAAAAGAGUUGAAGACUAAGACAAAGAAUAGUCAAAAUAUGCCUGAGGAAGAAAUAAUAUUAAAAAAUUUUAAAGAAACUUUUCAAAAAUUGAAACUGGAAAAAGAAAAUCUAGAAACAAGAUGCAAAGAUUUGGAAUCAAGUCUUGAUCAAAUGCGGAAAGCCUACGAGGAUUGUGAAGAUUAUUGGCAAAAUAAAUUAAAUGAUGAAAGGCAAAUUUUUGAAAAGGAACGGCAAAUCUAUGAGGAUGAACAAAAUGAAAGCGACAAAAAAUUUUCCGAGUUAAUGGAGAAAGUUAGAGAAUAUGAAGAACAAUUCAGUAAAGAUGGUAGAUUAUCUCCAAUAGAAGAAAAAGAUGAACUUGAACAACAGUACAUGAAUUUAGAAGCGGAAAUUGAAGAAAUACGCUUUAAUGCUAAAAAAAUUUUUGAAGAAAAAGCAAGGGAAAUUGAAAGCUUAAAAAUGAAUGUACAGGAAUUAAAGCUGCGUCUUGGAGAUAGUGUUGAUAUAACACAAGUCUAUGCGGAAAAGUUACAGACGGUAACUGACAAAUCCGACUUAACUGACAGUCCAGCAAGUUCACCUAUAAGUUAUUUAUGGAAUCAAAGUACAAUACAAGCGCCUGUUAGAGAUUACCAAAAUCCAAAUUGGAACAAAAAAAAUCUUGGAGAACUAAAUCGAACGGAAAAUCUUACAACAUCUGAGACUAGUAUAUUCAGUACGCCAAUACCAAAAUUGGAAAAUGAGUUUGAAACAUUGAAAAAUCAAUCACAAGACUCUUCUUUCUCAUCGACAAAUAAUAAUACAAUUAAUCCCAUUCAAAAACCCAUAUCAGCUACAACAUCUGUUAAAUCAAGUUGUUCUGAUAAAGAUGGGGAUGAUUCAAAUUCUUUGGCUUCUGGAAAAAGCUAUGAAAGUCAAAGCGCAAAUUCGACACAUAGCUUACACAAAUCUUCAAUUUUAGAAGUGAGUGGUUGCUCAAGUUCAAAUGAUAUAAAAGAAGAGUUGAAACGUUUGAAGUUCUUUGAAGUUCAGUUACGGGAGCAAAUAAAAGAUUUGGCUCUUAAAAGAGAUAGUCUCGUUAUGGAAUUACAGCAAUUGCAAGAAGCAAAACCAGUUUUAGAAAAAGCAUAUGCUAGAGCAGCCCAUCCGACUCUCAUACAAAGAGUCAAUUUAUUAGAGCAAAAGAACCGCCAUUUACAAACACAAUUAAGACAGCAACAACAAUAUACAGAUUCUAUUUUACAACAAACGUGGCAUCAGCAGCGUAAUGAGGUUACUGAUUUAAGGAACCGUUUAGAGUCUCAAGGAAUACUAAUGGCUGAACAAGCUCAGCGUCUUGCAAACUCCGAUAUGCUUGUGAAAGAUUUAUAUGUUGAAAAUUCACAUUUGUCAGCGACGAUACAACGGCUCGAACAGCAACGUAGUCGUGCUAAUAUCAUACAGCAACAUCAGCAAAAACAAUCUUCCGCAUUUAGUGGGGUUUCAGGAAUGCCUUAAUAAAAGUACUAAGCGAACUGCUAUUUUUUAGAAUAUUCUUUAAAAAAGAUUUUAUUUCAUUGACUAUUAAAUUAAGGCAAUAAAGAAUUAUUUGUUAAAUGAAAUGAUAUUUAGGUCUGGAAGUAAAUCAAAUUUGGAAACAAAUUUUCUCAGAAACUUUUGAGUAAUGGCUAAUAAAAAUGGCACAUUGCAAAUCGAGCUACAACUUAAUUCAAAAAUAUUUACACAAUCAUGAUCAAAAUUCGCAAAAAAUUGUAUAGUUAGCGAAGGAUCAGAUUUUCUGAUAAAAGUAAUGGUUUUGUGAAUUAAUUAUACUAUAAUUUUAUAUUUUAUGAUUAACAUUUUAUGAUUAUUCAAUGUAAUUUAACCAUUCUCAAAUAUAUUAUAAUAAAAUAAUUGCAAAUAAUUGAUUUAAUUACUGAAAAUAAUUUAAUUUCACGGUGUCGUUUCUUCUUUUAGCUUAUUUAAUUGCAUUUUUCUAAUAAAAAAUAUAUUGAAAACACUAAUAACUAUCUAUUUAAUAAGUAAUUUUAAUAAAAUGAUUGUGUAGAUAACGAUAUUUAUUAAAAAAUAAUUGUUGUUUUCUUUUUAAGAAGUUAGAAAUAAUCAUAGAAUAAAUAUAAGCAAAAUAUAUAAAUACAUUGAAUAAAAACUUAAUAAAUUAACUAAUUGCUGUACCAUUAAAUUCAUUAUAUACAAUUAGGAUUAAACUAGAUGUGAGUGUGGAAUUGUAAAACUACAUUAGUUAAAUUAUUAAAGUAUAUACAUAAUUAAGUUUUUUUUUCUACCAAAUUCUUUGAUUUAUAUUAUAUUGAUUUUUCGAUAAUUUAUCACAAGAAGAGCAUAAUUGCUUUGUAGUGAAGCGCUACAGCACUCCACCGUAAGAAUUGAAGAUUUUUAUCGAAAUAUUUUCUAGAAAUUAUAAGCCAUGUAAAAGUUACCAAACAAGUUUGAAUUCUUCAUACAAUAUUAUUUAUUCCAUGGCGAAUAUACAUUGAUAAACUGUAUGUGAUAAAUCAAAAAAAAAAAAAAUAACGCGUUAUUCAGCGGCACUGCUUUAUAUGUUUCUAUUUAUUGGCACGGGUCUAAACUGUUACUAAGUGUGUAGAUAACAAAUCGCAUGAAAUCGAUUUAAUUAUUAAAAUUUAAUAAAAGUAUGGUGUUUUAUUUAAAAUUAUUAUUUAAAGGAGUUACUUGUUAAAAUUGCUAUUUCAAACAGAUCCGAACAGAUCCAAUCUAUUUGAACAGAUUUAAAACAAACCCAAAACAUUAAAAAGUGUCAUGAUUUUUCUUUUAUUAAUUGAGUUUAAUUUUAAUAAAUAAUUUUUAAUUACCAAAAUUGUUAAAUAAAAAAUUGUUUAUGAUAAAAGUGAAAUAAAGAGUUUUAAAAGUUUGAUUAA